UGUACCCUCGCUGCCUCGUCCUUGUACUCUUUCCGGAAUUCCGGUCACGCGCGCCCGUCGCUCGCCGCCGCGUCCCACCAGACCAGCACCACCACGACCAGAGCAAGGGCAACGUGGGGAGGCCAGGAGAAGCGCAGCAAUGUCGGCGGCGGCGGGGGACGAGGAGCUGGAGUCGCUGCUCCGAAACUUCCACCGCUUCUCCCAGGGGUAUAAAGAUGCAAUAAUGGAGGCCCAGGCUUUAAGAGUGAACUACAGUUCUGAAUCCAAGAAGCGUAAAGCCCUUGAGUCGCAUAUUGCAGAUCUCAAGAGAGGAAGAAGAAUUGAGUUGGAUAUUUUGUGUUGUGCAGAUAAUGAGCGAUUAAGAAAGCUGUACACUGAAACUUUAUUCAAGUUCACCAACCAGGUGAAAUAUCACACAGAAUGUCAAAAUCUGAAGGAAGAAUUAGGAAAAGCAAAUGGCAGAUUGCUAUCCAUGGAAGAGGAGUAUAAGCAGGAAAUCGAACAGCUUAAGCAUGACAGUGAAAGGAACAGCAAUGCCCUGGAGAGCAAGCUCAGCUGCGCCCUUGCUCAGCGAGCCACCGAUGAAGCUAUGAUAGGGCAACUCAAGUCAGACCUGGGAGCUCAUAAGGCUCACAUCGACAUGUUAGGUGGCAGGUUGGAGCAGGUCACAGCUGAAGUGCACAUGCAGUAUAAGAACGAUAUCCAGGACUUGAACGACGUGAUCAUGGUCGAGCAGGAGGAGAAAAACGACGUGCAGAGGAAGCUUAAGAGCGCGGAGAAUGAGCUGAGGAUUAUGAAGAUGAAGCAGGCGGAGCAGCAGAGGGACUCGGUGGCGGUCCAGCACGUGGAGGCUCUGAAGCAGAAGGUGAUGAAGCUCCGCAAGGAGAACGAGUCCCUGAAGCGGAGGCUGGCGAGCUCCGAGCUCGACUGCUCGUGAGCCAUGACUGACGAGAGCCGGCACAUGCUGCCAGGUUCCAAACCCUUGGUCACCACAAUAGCAGUUUGCCUUCCCUCCCCAAAUCCCCAUGUACAUCCAUCCAUCCAUACGCGUCACCUCACACCGUCACAGUUUUUUCUCUUGUUGAUUCAGAAACGUUAUAUGGUCACACCAUCAGAUGUUAGACAGUUCUGACCGCUGAAUGAAAUGUGUAUAUGUGGUCUGGAA